GAGAUAAGACGCGGUCUAGAGUGGAGGAGAGCUAGGAGGCGAGGCGAGGUGGGGUGGGGUAGGUAGGGGAGGACGGGCUGGUCACCGACACCGGCGUCCAGUGCCCCGGGGCGGCGUCCGGCGGUCACUCGUUAGCCGCAAAGAGGGCAGCGGAGACCCCCGGUCCGGCCCCGCUCACAACCAAAACAAAGCGGCCACGCGUGUUUUUCCCGCAGAAAUGACGUCACCACACCCCUCCCCUCCUCUCCUCUCCUCCGGCACAGUGCCUGCGAAAGCACCCCUGGUACCUAAAAACCAGCGGGCGGCGUCGGGCACAGCAGGUACCACCCGGGGAGCCUCUCCUUGUGUUUCACCCGACAGUAUUGUGGGACGCGGCGGAGAGAAAAGGGGAGCUGGGCGUCUCACACAAUAGUCUUGUGAUCGGCUUAGGAGAGUAAGCGGAAGUGAGGUCAGAGAGGCAGGACGUCUCCUCCAUGUUAUUAUUUUUAUUGUGGCUGUGUGAUGGUACGGUCGGGAGAGUACGGAUUUCUCCGAGCCCUGUAGCAGCAGCAGCAGCAGUCGCCGCUUUGCCAGCCCGGGGAGACAGAGAGAGCUGCCCCCGGCGGAGACGAGCAAGAGGCGAUCGGGGGGGGCAACAGGGAGAGAGGGUACCGCUGGCGUGCGCGUCCGGGGCUGGGUGCCUCCGAUUGCAGCCCCGUAAAAUAAGAUCACCCCCCAGUUGAACGGCGCUGCCACGGGCUGCUGGCGCUGGUGGCAGGCUGGUGCUGGCGCUACAACAGACCGCUCGCCUGCUGACAUGAACGGCAUCACCAAGGGCAGAUUUGAGGUUUUCUCAAACAAUGAUGAGGCACCCAUUAACAAAAAGCUUCCAAAGGAACUUCUCCUUAGAAUAUUCUCCUACUUGGAUGUGGUUACUUUGUGCAGAUGUGCUCAGGUAUCCAAGGAUCCACAGGCAUGGAACGUCUUGGCGUUAGACGGCAGCAACUGGCAAAAAAUAGACCUGUUUAACUUCCAGACGGACAUAGAGGGCCGCGUGGUGGAGAACAUCUCCAAACGCUGUGGGGGCUUCCUGCGCCAACUCAGCCUGCGGGGCUGCCUCAGCGUGGGGGACGCCUCCAUGAAGACUUUUGCACAGAACUGCAGAAAUAUCGAACACCUUAACCUUAAUGGGUGCACAAAAAUCACUGACAGCACAUGUAUUAGCCUUAGUAAAUUCUGUUCCAAACUGAAACAUUUGGACUUAACUUCCUGUGUGUCAAUAACAAACAAUUCUUUAAAGGCGUUAAGCGAGGGCUGCCGGUUCCUGGAGCACUUGAACAUUUCUUGGUGUGAUCAGAUAUCUAAGGAUGGCAUAGAAGCUCUCGUGAGAGGGUCUGGGGGCCUCAAAGCGUUGUUCCUGCGAGGUUGCACCCAGCUGGACGAUGAUGCACUUAAGCACCUCCAGAAGUAUUGUCCCGAGCUCAUGACCAUCAACUUGCAGUCAUGUACACAGAUCACAGAUGAAGGCUUAGUCAGUCUAUGUAGAGGAUGCCACAAACUUCAGAUCCUGUGCGUCUCUGGAUGUACCAAUAUCACAGAUGCCUCUCUCACAGCCCUGGGUCUCAACUGUCCUAGACUUAAAAUCCUGGAGGCGGCGAGAUGUUCACACGUGACGGACGCUGGCUUCACUGUUUUAGCAAGGAAUUGUCAUGAACUAGAGAAGAUGGAUUUAGAAGAAUGUAUUUUGGUGACGGAUAACACACUAGUUCAGCUCUCCAUCCACUGUCCUCAGCUCCAGGCUCUGAGCCUGUCCCACUGCGAGCUCAUCACGGACGACGGGAUCCGCCACCUCAGCAACAGCACCUGCGGGCACGAGCGUCUGCAGGUGGUGGAGCUGGACAACUGCCCGCUCAUCACCGACGUCACGCUGGAGCACCUGAAGAGCUGCCACAACCUGGAGCGCAUCGAGCUGUACGACUGCCAGCAGGUCACGCGGGCGGGCAUCAAGAGGAUCCGGGCGCACCUGCCUGAGAUCAAAGUGCACGCCUACUUUGCCCCGGUCACCCCCCCUCCGUCCGUGCACGGCGGCGGCCAGCGGCUCUGCAGGUGCUGUAUCAUUCUUUGACAGCAGAGGGCGUGGGGGGGCUCUGUGCCCCACCCUGCUUGUGUGAAGGAUGGAGGAUUGGGAUGCUGGUGAUAAUCUCGACCCUCCCAGUCUGGGAGAGGAAGACUGGUGGUUGGGGGGGGGGGAGAGGAGGAGGAGAGACCUCUUGCUUGCUGAAUGGCGAUGAGUGCUGGAUGUCUUUCUCUUGAGCGUGCCCACGCAACGCUGAGGACGACAAAGGGAGGGAGGGCCAGGGAAAGACGGCAGCAGCCGGCAAACGAGGGAAUCUGGAUUUGUGGAUGAGGAGACUACAACAACACAUUUCCUUGUGGAAUAUCGGGCAAUGCUUCCAUUUCAAAAGAGUCUGUACUUCAGUCCACGUACCCUUGUGUUAUUGUGCUUCUUACAGUAAUGUUACAGUGUGGUAUCAUGGUAGCGGAAGAGCGCUGAACCUUGUGGUUAAGCGGUUGUAGGCAAAGCAGUCGACUCGUAUCGGUGAAUCCGUGGAUUUCUGGGAAUUUUCCAUGGGAGGAGUUCGGCGUGGCUCAAAGAUCAAAUCCGGGAGGGGCUCAAGAAUGCUCUCUGCUAGCGGAUGGCGAGUUUGGUUCUUGCGAAAAAGAAAAUGAAGCUAAAAACCGAAGGUGUGGGAAGUGGUUUUGCGGCAUCUGUUGAAGAGCGGGUGGAUGAAAUCUCGGCCGAAAUAAUUCUGUGGAUCGAAAAGAGGUAUCAGCGUUAACGUCAUUGUGUGAAGAUCUUGUAUUGCUGGCUCAAAAAAGAAGAUAAAAUGGUAAUGUGUGUUUUUGCAUUCAGGAGGGAGUUCAGCGGUAACUACUUCAUGCAUUUGUUUUUUGUUUUUUAUCAGUGCUAAUUGGUGUCCAGGCUUGGCUAUUCUGGGGGCAGAAGGUACAUUAUAGACAUCUGAAAACUAGAGCAUGGUAACUUAUAAAUGAAACCUAUCCUUACAAAAAAAGAGCUGGACAUCCCUUUUAAGCAAAAAUCUGAUUAACUCCUUUCGGAUGACAGUUUGCCUGCGACCAAGAUAUUUUAAGAAUUUAGUGAUCUGCUCACAGCAGUAGCAUAUAUAAAUAUUUUGUAUAGUUUUUUUUUUUUUUACACACACACUUCAUGUGCAGUGGAAUGAGUUGAAGGGGGCUGCUAGCCUUUUAGUUUACCAGCUGCGGAAAGAAUUACUCUCACAGUGUUUUAAGGCCAUCAUGUAAUAUUUGUGCAAUGCGUGGAAUGGUAUUUGAUGGCCUGUACAAAGUUGGUUUGUAGUAUUUUUAAAUAAAAUGUCUCUUAUACUGUACAUCAGGUGAGGGCUGUCUGGAAAGCCUCACUGUGCUGUGACACACAACCAUUCUUCUGUACCUACAUCAAGGAGCUACUUCUAAAUUACUUAUUAAUGUGUAAAAAAGGAAACAUGCACUGUUUUCCUAAAUUAUUGCUUAUGGUAGAGAGGUUAGGAUUUUACCCUUGUUUUUUUUUCUGUUCUUUCUUCCAAAGAUUUGUGAGAAGUCCUAGGUUUAUUAUUUUUCCUGAAAUAGUGAAAGAAAAGAAAAUAUUAUUGAGCGCAAGACAAUGAGAUAAGAGAUGGUAGACAUGUUUAUCAUAGUACCUGGCCAUCUUGAGUGUGUAUAUUUAUAUCUGUUGCUGCUAUGCUGGAGAAAGAAAGAAAUCUUUAUUUUUAAAGCUUUGUGCAGCUCAUGAAAACUGAAACCAUAAUCUUUGACAAUAUGCCUUAUUUAAUUGCAAAGUGAUUAUAAAAUGUAUGUUUGUGAUUGCACUUGCUCUAAUGUGAGUAUUGUUGUCCAAGAACUUUUAUAGUUUAAGGUUCUUUGCUGUUGGAAUUCUGCGCACAAGUAUCUAGAAUUUUGUUUUGUUGCUCUUUUAGGCUCAAUUGAUCAUUUUUCUGUACACAUUCCUACCUUGAUAAAUGUAAAGUAAUUUAUUAAACAUGAUUUUGUGGCAGUAGGUUUAUCACCGUCUCUCAGAUCGAAAUGGCCUAGAAAUUGUUUCUGUUGGAGCGGAAUAUCUAUUUAUAAAUAUCUUUCUACCUAGGUCCAAAGCAGUCACUGCAGUCCUGUUAAUCCAUUCUCGCGUCAAUACGACCAGAAAUUAAAUACAAAUCUGGUUGUCCAAAUGUUGCCAUUGGGUGAACCAGGAAAGCUUGCCAGCAAAGUAGCCCUACACUAAUCUGUCAUUGUGCAGUUUGUGCUGAGAAUGGCUUUGUACCUUGCUAACAGUUUUAUUUCAGGGCAAUGAAUGAAUGAAUAUACAAUAGAGGAAAAAAUAUUUUAUGCCCUACAAGUUUCUGAUUGUAAAAAGCAUACAGUUAAAAUGUUAAAUAUCCAAUACUUGAAUAUUGAAUAUACACACAUUAUUUUAGUCUGGCUCAUGUACUAGAAUAUAGCUCCGUCCCUAAAGAGAUCACAGGCGUUCGAGACCAGGUUGUGAAGGUGCUAAACAUCCAGUACAGCGAUGAGGUAUUGCAAAAAAGAAGCUUGGUCUCCAUCUUCUACCAAGAGAGAGCUUUCUUUGAAAAUGGCUUCUAAACCGUUUAAAAGCACUCAAGGAGAGACGAGCCACUCUCUCAGACUUUGUAGCUUGCAGUUGUCAUUAGCUGGACUGUCCAACAGCUACAUGCUUAAGUAAACCUUUACUAAGAUGAACAUCCCAAUAAGUUUUUAAGGUGGACCUGUUUCAUUAUUGUAGUGUGUUACUAGUACACAUGACUUGUCAGGAACAAACACAUCAACAUGGAGAUUGUAAAUCUCAGUAUUGUGGUGGCUUUUCAUCUCACUUAGCAUACUAAGGUGAGUGAUGAGUGCAAAGCGGCUCAUCCAGAAAACCCCGUCUAUUUCCAGAAAUGGUCGCAGAAUUUCAACAGUAUCAAAGAAGUGUCAGUAAUCAUGUGACAUCUGUGGUCACAUCUGCUUGAGCCUGAAACUUUUGUUCAGCACUGAUAUUUUUUUCUUUCCCCUCCUUCGCCCCAAAGGAUUCUUCUGAGUUGCUUGAAACCCAAAUAUUUUGGGAAAACUAUACUGAUGAAACACACACCUGUGUACACCAAUGAUACCGAUACUUACUGGCUAUUAACACAGAGUACAUUUUGCUCCUUGUCAUCAAUACUAAUGGUGUCUCUAGGACAAAUGAUUUAACAACUUUUGUUAAAUUAAAAAAAAAAAAUGAUAGUGAAAUUGCUCUGGCUGUUAUUUCAAUAGAAGUUAAUCAAAUAAAAUAUCACAAAUCAUGUAUUUUAUCUCUUGGAAGGAUGUUUAUACCAGAAAAGUGUUUUUUGUUUAUUUUAAACCAGCACAGUAUUCUUGAUGAUGCUUGUUUUUUUUUUCAGCUUUUCAUUCUUGUAUAAGUCUUAUUAGAACUUUAUUCAUGGUUUACUGGUUAUUUCUUCAGGUGGUUCAUAAGAGAAAAUGGUAGGAAGGUGCUUUAAAACCAUUUUUUUUUUAACUCCACCAUUAAUUCUGGUGUCCUCUUAAAUAUUUAGUUGAAAUAUGUGGUCACCUUUCUUACAGAUUUGACCAUCACAACUGUUGAGCAUUUAAGGACACUGUAAUUGUGCUACAUAAAUUUUCUUCCCCCCCAAAGCAGUGCAAUAUGAAUCGAGUACAAAUUUGAUGAUAAAUGCUACUGUGCAUAUGACCAAUAGCACCACUUUGACCUAAAGAUGGGGCUUAACUCUUACUGAUUCUUGUACGAAUGGUGUACACGAAAUGCUUCUGAAACCCCCUGCUGAAGAAACUACAGCUGAGGUUUGUGAUGUGGGAUUUUUCAGUGCAAGAUGAAGUGUUUACCAUAUAACGUACGUGCACAGAAGAAACAAACUCAAGAUGGAGCUGAAACAGAAUGCCAUUUUUGUACAAUACCUCUAGGAGCUCAAAAGCUGGAAAAUCGACGGAGGGAAACUCCACAUUUUCAAUUUGGGAUGAACACCAAGGCUUACGAAUCAGUUUAUUAACUCUUGCAGCACAGGUUUGUUUUUUUUCCUCUCCAUGUUCUCCCAGGUGUGAGCAUGAAAAAAAGUGGCAAGUCACUCUGGUCAUUUUUAAGUUUUUUUUAUUACAGUAGAAUAUGAAAAGUACCAACGAAUGCAUUGCUGAUUCUCAUACAACCCUGCACAGGUUUGUUUCAGUGCAGAAAGACAAUUGUUAAACUUUAAGAAAGUCGUACCCCCCCACCUUUCCCUCAUGCCCUAAUAAUUAAUGGCAAACAAAAGACAUGCCAUACAGAGCCUUUCAAGACAUAAAGCAACAUGACAAACUAAGAAUUCUGUCCUAUGACCAGCAGAAAGCAUAACAUCUUGAUUGCAAUGAAAAGAAAAUUAAACAUUUCUUAAAAAGUCAACUUAAAAUAUUUCCCUUUAGGAUUCAAGAACCAUCAGGGCCUCUAAUUAAGACAACUAGAAAACACAAAAAAAAAAACAUGCAAGCUAAAAUGAAAAAAAAAAAAA